AUGGCGUUUGGUUCGUUCGAUCUGAUCUGCUCCAAAACAGCCCUCCCGCUCUGCUCGGUGGUGGCGUCUGCCAAACAGGACGACUUCUUCUCCAAGGGUAUCCUUCCCGUGUGUUACGCCAGAUCAGUUGAGCUCGCUAACACCAUGAUCUUCCAGAUCGGUAACGCAUUCGUCCACAUCGGAGGCUUGAUCGUGGCCUUGGUGGUGGUGUUCAACGUCCGUGCCAAGUACACUGCCAUCGGCAGAACUGAGAUGCUCCUCUUCACCUACCUCAUGAUUGGAGUUAUUGUGUCGUCGUUAAUCGUGGACUGUGGUGUGUGUCCUCCUUCCAGCACCAGUUACGCCUACUUCGUGGCAGUACAGAUAGGCCUUUCCAGUGCUGCGUGCAUCACCCUCUUGUACAAUGGUAUCUUGUGCUUCCAGUUCUGGGAGGACGGCACCAGAAGAUCCAUGUGGACGGUGCGGUUGCUUGCGUUCGCAUGGUUCGUGGCCAACUUCCUCAUUGCCAUCAUCACCUUCAAGAGCUGGAACACCGCCCUCAACCACAAGAAAACCGAGGCGUUGUUCGUGGUCACCUACGUAUUGAAUGCAGUCAUUGUGGCCGCGUACGUGGUUUCGCAGGUCAUUUUGAUCGUGUUUGCCUUGAAGACCUACUGGGGCUUGGGCGCCAUCGGCUUAGGGGUUUUCUUCUUUGUUGCUGGCCAGAUCUUGACCUAUGUUUUCAGCAAUCAGAUUUGCAACGGUGCCAAGCACUACAUUGACGGCCUCUUCUUCGGAAGCUUGUGCAAUGUGUUUACCUUCAUGAUGAUCUACAAGUUCUGGGAUAUGAUCACCACCGAUGACUUGGAGUUCUCGGUGGCCAACGUUGAACAGGGCAUCAAGGCCUUUGGCCACGACGACGAAAAAAGAGCCAGUGGCUUUUUCUAG